GGAGCAGCAAUGGUUAGUCCUGACGGUGGCUGAGCCCCCAGCCCCUGGAAUAUGCAGCCCGGGGGGGCCCCAGGCAGCGGCGAGGACGCGGCGGCGGAGUGGGACGGGAGGCAUGGUCUCCACCUACCGGGUGGCCGUGCUGGGGGCGCGAGGCGUGGGCAAGAGUGCCAUCGUGCGCCAGUUCCUGUACAACGAGUUCAGCGAGGCCUGUGUGCCCACCACCACCCGCCGCCUCUACCUGCCUGCUGUCGUCAUGAACGGCCACGUGCACGACCUCCAGAUCCUCGACUUCCCGCCCAUCAGCGCCUUCCCUGUCAACACAUUGCAGGAGUGGGCAGACGCCUGCUGCAGGGGACUCCGGAGUGUCCAUGCCUACAUACUGGUCUACGAUAUCUGCUGCUUUGACAGCUUUGAGUACGUCAAGACCAUCCGCCAGCAGAUCCUGGAGACGAGGGUGAUUGGCACCUCGGAGACGCCCAUCAUCAUCGUGGGCAACAAGCGGGACCUGCAGCGCGGACGCGUGAUCCCGCGCUGGAACGUGUCGCACUUGGUGCGCAAGACCUGGAAGUGCGGCUACGUGGAGUGCUCGGCCAAGUACAACUGGCACAUCCUGCUGCUCUUCAGCGAGCUGCUCAAGAGCGUCGGCUGCGCCCGCUGCAAACACGUGCACGCCGCCCUGCGCUUCCAGGGUGCGCUGCGCCGCAACCGCUGCGCCAUCAUGUGA